CGCGUUGUUUGGACACAGCUGAUCGUUCCCCUGCCUGCUAGACAAAAUAAAACAGGCCAGGCUAGCCGGACGCACAGUUCCUCGCCUGGGGAGCAGGGGACCUGUCGGGCCACAAACAAGAGAGGACUACGGAAACGGGAAUCAGGGAGCUUCUCUUCUCUCUUCCAGCCAUGAAACUCUGCAUUGUCGCGGCUAGCUAACGUUAGCAUCGUCCCGACCGACAGGGACCGAUGGCCAAAGAAAUCUCUGCGGCGGUUAGCUUAAAUGUCAAUGUUGUUGUUUAUUAAAAGCCACGCUCGGUCACCAUGUCCUGUUCCGGCAACCUGGUUUGGGAUGUAAAUAAGCGCCUCAUUGGCUACAGCGAGCCCAACAUCAUCAGGACGAACUAUUUAGGUAGAAGAGAGUUUGUUCAGAAACUGAAACUAGAAGAAACGUUGAACGUACACGAUGGCUGUGUGAACACGAUAUCAUGGAAUGACACGGGAGAGUACAUCUUGUCAGGUUCAGAUGAUACCUUCCUGGCCAUUACCAACCCCUAUAACAAAAAGGUCAAAAAGUCAAUACGGUCCGGCCACCGGGCCAAUAUUUUUAGUGCGAAGUUCAUGCCUCACACCAACGACCAGGAGAUAAUCUCCUGCUCCGGGGACGGAAUCCUGUACUACACCCGCACGGAAAAGAGCGCCGAGUUCAACAGACAGUGUCAGUUUACCUGCCAUUACGGCACCGCCUAUGAGAUUAUGACAGUACCAAAUGACCCCUACACCUUUCUGUCGUGCGGGGAGGACGGCACAGUGCGAUGGUUUGACCUUCGGAUGAAAACUAGCUGCACGAAAGAGGACUGCAAAGAUGACAUCCUGAUCAAUUGCCGGAGAGCGGCGACGUCCAUCUCCAUCUCGCCGCUGAUGCCCUACUAUCUGGCGGUGGGCUGCUCGGACAGCUCUGUGCGCAUCUACGAUAGACGCAUGCUGGGCACCAGGGCCACGGGUAACUACAUGGGCCGGGGGACGACGGGUAUGUGCGUGAGGUUCGUGCCUGCUCACCUGUCCAACAAGUCGUGUCGUGUGACGUCGCUAUGCUAUAGCGAGGACGGCCAGGAGGUGCUGGUCAGCUACUCCUCCGACUACAUUUACCUGUUCGACCCCAAAGACGACCAGGCCCGAGAGCUGAAGGGGCCCUCGGAGGAGAGGAGGGAGGAGCUGAGGCAGCCGCCAGUGAAGCGCCUCCGUCUGCGAGGUGACUGGUCAGACACCGGACCCCGAGCUCGUCCCGAGAGCGAGAGGGAGAGAGACGGGGAGCAGAGCCCCAAUGUGUCUCUGAUGCAGAGGAUGUCGGACAUGUUGUCACGCUGGUUUGAGGAAGCCAGUGAGGCUCAGAGCAGUAGAGGGACUCGCCCUCAGUCGAGACCUCGAGGCACAGCUGUUCGCCCCAAUAUUCCCGCUGCCACUGCAGGUGCCUCCAGCCAGGGGACCAGCGCCCUCGAGAGGCCAGUGGCGGCAGAUUCCCCCGCCGUGCGAACCAGUCCUGCCGCGGCAGCACCCUCGCCUACGUCGUCUUCCUCGCCUGAGUCAUCGUCAGGUGCUGCCGUACCUCCCUCUUCCAGCACGUCAACAGUCGAAAGUUCAGCCCCGUCCUCCUCUGGAUCCGGGUCCCGGAGGCAGACCCCCACGACCGGAACCGCUGCAACGGUCGUGUCGGAAACGGCAGUCUCGGAGUACGGCCCUCAUCGGCUGCCCAUAAGUUUAGUGUGUAGGCGUUUGCAGAGGUUACUUCGCCUGGCCGACCCCCCAGGACAGGGGCGGCGAGCGGCCCCUUCUUCUGCCUCCUCCUUCUCCUCCUCUUCCUCUGCACCCCCAGAGAGACAGUUGCAAAGACUGGCUGCCACUGCUCCUCCUGAGACGCAACUCCAUACAGAUUCCCCUUCGUCGGUGGUAAACAAGCAGCUGGGAUCCAUGACGCUGGAUGAGCAGCAGGGAGGUGCAUCGGUUUCGCGGUCCGAUGACGCUCCUCUGCCAGCAAUCUGCAGCCCUCCCUCCACUUCCAGCACCGGCCGAUCCAAUGCGGCGGAACCGGUGCUCAGCCUGCACUACAGCUCGGAGGGAACCACUACCAGCACCAUUAAGCUGGACUUCACUGACGAGUGGAGCAGCAGCACCUCCAGCUCUCUGGGCAGUGGCGGUCCCAAAGCAUCUGACACAGUGCAGAGCCAACAGAGUGUAUCCACGGAGAACCCCGUGGUGGAACAAUCUACGUGUGACUCCUCAGGGCAGCAGAGCGCGACGUCGGCCAGCACAGAUCCUCCAUGCGACGCCCCCUGCUCCAGCGCCCGUGACAGGUCGGCUGCCAGUGUCCCACCGGGAAACGCCACAGAGAGGAGCCCUGGUGACCCCCCGGAGGACACUUUGGGGGACUGCCGGAGACAGGAGCCCUCCGGGGAGGAGGGCCCAGAGGUGGCGGCGGUAGAAAACCAGAGUCAGCCCACAAGGGGGAACCAGGACUCUGACGACAGCGACGAUGACCCGAUCCUCAUCCCGUCAACCAGGUUCAGAGGACAGGGCCAGAGAUUAAAUUCCAGAGGAUCUGCAGUAGGAGAUAGAAUGAUCAGACGCUCAGCAGCAGCUCGCAUCCAGGAGCUGUUUCGCAGGAGGAAAGAGAGAAGGGAGAUGGAGGAGAGCGAGACGCAGAACAUCAGGAGGCCAUCGGUCAAAAUGGUGUACAAAGGCCACCGCAACUCCCGCACUAUGAUCAAGGAGUCCUGCUUCUGGGGAAACAAGUUUGUGAUGAGCGGCUCCGACUGCGGCCACAUCUUCAUCUGGGACCGGCACACCGCCGAGCACCUCAUGCUGCUGGAGGCCGACAACCACGUCGUCAACUGCCUGCAGCCGCACCCCUACGACCCCAUUCUGGCCUCAUCGGGCAUCGACUACGACAUCAAGAUCUGGUCGCCGCUGGAGGAGUCGCCGUCUUUCAACAGGGUUCUUGCUGAUGAGGUGAUAACCCGGAACGAGCUGAUGCUGGAGGAGACGAGGAACACAAUCACAGUGCCUGCUUCCUUCAUGCUGCGAAUGCUGGCGUCCCUCAAUCACAUCCGAUCAGAUCGUCUCGAAGGCGAACGGUCCGAAGGUUCAGGCCAAGAAAACGAGGACGAGCAGUAGAUGGUCUGUCACGACAAAGCGUAACAGGUGUUCAGAGUCUGAAUAAUCGACCUGGAAGAAAUGCCAGCGGACUGGCCGACCUCAGGCCGGCAUCAUCUGAGUCCUGCUCGUCAUUGUUGUCCUUGACGAUGCCUUCGUCGAUGCUUUCUAGCCUCAGUCUUUGACCGUCCGGGUAUCUGGACCUGGGUGCCGGCCGGGCCGUGAAGAGCCCCGCCGGAAGGGCCAUAAUGUCCCCGAAGAGGGCGAGUUUGGCGUCGCUCUCGAUGGCUUUGGCCAGGCAGGAGGCGAAGGUGUCCAGGGACUCGUGGACUUCGGCAUGGACCUGCACUGACGCCAUGUGCUCAGCUGCCGAUGAGGAAGAAGCAGGUCGGUGAGCACGAAGUUACCUCUUGGCCCUUUUAAUAAAGAAAGGGGUUUGGGGGAGCUGAUGAAUACCUUUAGAAUGCUCCACCUGGUCUUCAAAGGUAACAGAGCUCCUCCUCUUCCCAGAUGGAUGGAAGGGAUAAUGUGGAUGGGAUGAGCCAUCAGUGGAAAGGUUGUCCAGCAGCAUCACAUCUGUACCUGUGGGGGCGACCGUGCAAACAGGGUCUCAAAUAUAAAAAAACAGUCGCAAGGGAAACAAACUGUUCAAUGAUCAAACUGUAUCCAUCAUCAAAUAUUUAUGAAGACCAUAUAAAGCAGUGUUUCCCAACCUUUCAUGAGCCAGUCUCACCUAUUUUACAUUAGAAAAAUGGUACAGUGCAGCUCCAUAUAACAAUGUCACAAAAAGCGUAUACUGUAUACUGAAAUAAUGAUCUGGUCAAAAUUAACAAAGGAUGGGUUCCCAAAAAAUAAUAAUUCUGUGAAAAUGUGACUUCAAACCGUGAAUAUGUGGUCAUUCACUGUAAAUAAUUUUUUUGCUAAACUCCACUAAAACUACCCUUGCUUUAAAAACAAAAACGGGUGAGUCAUUUUCAUGCUAACUGUCAUGCUUUCAGCUACAAGCUGUUUGUAUUAGCAUCUGCUAGGUAGGAUUAAUUGGUUUAUGUUAAAUGAUAUUCAAUUGUGUUUCUCAUAUGGUACUCAACAGGCAGAGCCUUUCCUAUGUCACAGUAAGUACAGUUCUGUACCCUUCUGUGGUGGCAUCACACAAACAAGCCGAAGAAAAAAACAAUACACAAGCUUUGUGGCACGCGAUUCAGGCAUACGUAAUUUUUUCCCCCCAUAUUUUAUUUAGGAGUAUAAAGAGGGUUAGCGGGAAUGUACUCUGGUAAAAGUAUCCAAUUUAUUUAGAAAAUGUAGUGGAGUAAAUGUAAAAGUUGCCAGAAAUAUAUAUGUACAGAUAUGUGAACAUUCAGGUUUUGUACAGAAAUUAAGUAUUUGUACUUCGUUACAGUUCCAAACUGAUAGCGUGUGUGCGACACUUACACGAGUCCUGAGUGAAACUGAAGCCCGUGUCUCCAGUGCUGCUCCCCGGGGCCAGCAGCUGCCCUCCGCCGGCCAACAUGGCCGUGAGGUGGGGUGACAUCCCCAAGUCUGGUGAAAACCAAAUUCGAAUUUUCAAAAUUUGAACUUGAAUGCGUUUCUUCACAACUUGACUGGCAAGACAUUAUUGAAGUGGAAACUUCUCCCCCAAUCACAUGCCAGCUGGCUUGUGGAGAUCUGUUAGUGUUCCUGGCAAAACCUGGCAGCCCUUCAAGCAGUACUUUGAUAGUGACCUAGAAAGUGACUAGUUUCCCCCCUUCCCAUCUGCCUUGUUUUAUUUGAUUUGACUUUUCAUUUAACUUAGCGGAACCUCGGUUAGUGACAAUUUUUUUUUCCGCAGAACGUUUGUCCCAGUUUUCGUACAGCCACUCUGUUUUCAUAUAAUUGAAAAUUGUCCGCGCCAAACUUUUACCAUUAAUUAUUUUUCAUUGAUUUAAUGAGACUCAUCAUUUACUAUUAUCUCAUGGAUUUGAAUUUUAGAUGGAAUGACAGAGGACAAUAGAGGACAUGAAAGGGGAAAAGACCAGGACAAGGGGAGUGGAAUGUGUCGACUGGAACUGCAACUGGAAUGUGGUGGGAGUGGCUAUGUCAAUUCUAAACAUUUAUAGAAACUGAGUGCAAAUGAGGGGACAUCCCAAGAAGUUCGUUAGAUCAGAAGACUUGUUUAUAGCAAUUGAGUCCCUGGAGAGCGUGUCUGCAGAAACAUGCAAUUGAAUAGACCCAGUCUCGCAUGCACAAUAAACAUCAGAGGGUUUUCUGGAAUUGCUGUGCCAACACAACGGGGGUGGUGGACCCCACCCAGCUGAGAAGGGAGGACAGGCCCGGGAGUCCACCUGAGAACAGUUCGGCCGAGCAGCCCCAUCAAAGCGCCACAAAACUGGCCACACGGAGCGGUACGCAGGGAAAAAUUGAGGACCACUCAUGCUAGGACAAUAAUCUUAUCUUUAUGUGUGGGAACUGUCGCAGAUUAAACAAAAAUAUAUAUAUAUAUUUUUUUUUUUUAAGAUUUGAAAAUCCUUGUU